GCAUUGAGUCAUACUAAAAGAAGAUGGCAGCUUCCAUACUCGUAAAACUACAAAUUAACAGCAGAAUAAAGUAACACAACUGGGCUCAAAUAAUGUCUCGUGGUCUCAUAACCCGACGAAGUGUACUGAUUACUCUGGUGAUAUUCAGUGUGAUUUCUCUUGGCAUGCAAGUUUAUCUGUUAGAAUGGGCAGGAAUAACAAGCUUCAGCAGGUUCUCGAGUCUGCAUUCAGCAGACGAUGGGAAACAUAAACAUCGAAGAGUGAUUUCUCCAUUUAGGGCGACCAAACUGUUUGCCAAUGCUGCAGCCACGUUCGACGUUCCUGUAUUCCUAAUCGAGCCCGAAUGUCUUGAAAACAUUUCUAUGUAUGUUGCUCUUCACAAAAACAAUCAGAACUAUAGGAAUUGCAACUACCUUUGUGGAAGUCGACUGGUGACAUCGUUCGGGAUUCUGGACGCAAGUCAGAUAUCUGAUGGUUUUCUAGACCAUCUAGGCGGGAUGAUUGAUAUCAAAUGGACAAUUUUCUACGGACAGGACCCACGCAACGCCACAGCAGACCAUUACAAACCGCCAGACAUUCCACUCCAUUAUAUUUUUGAAUACUCGGGCCAGUUUAUUCAUCUAGUAAUAUUUUAUGAGAGAAGCAAUAGUUAUCUAUGGCACGGAGCAGUAGAAGACGAUCCGAGUUCAAAGCGAAGACCUCCACGGUUGCCAUGCAUCAAAGAUAUUGAGCUCAAGAGGUUAAGGUUCGGCGGAGUUUAUGCCGGAGCCUACAACAAAAUGGAGUUUACGAUCACCACAGCCGACGGUGUAAAAAUACGCAUUCCCAAAGACCUAAACAACUUCCUAGAACAGUAUCCAGUCUCCAGAUACCUCGAGUGUAAUCACCAACGAGCCAGGGAAUUCAAGACGACAUACGGGAACGACCAAUCGCCAGAGGCAGAGGAGUUCAGACAACUUGCUAAAGAUCUCCUUGAAAAGGGCAAGAUGGUACUGGAUGAGCUAGGCAUUGUGUUUUGGCUGAGCAGCGGGACAUGUCUAGGUUGGUUUAGGGAGUGUGACAUCAUACCGCACAGUAAAGAUGUAGACUUUGGGAUACGGAUUUGGGACUACAAGAGCAACUUUAUACAAGAGUUUGACAACGGAGGGCUCACUCUCAAACAUCAGUUUGGAAAGGUGUCUGACAGCUUUGAGUUAUCCUUCCUUCAUGAUUACGUCAAACUCGAUGUAUUUUUCUUCUAUGAAGAAACAGAUCACAUGUGGAAUGGGGGCACAGAAGCACGGUCAGGAAAUAAAUUCAAAUACGUCUUUCCCAAGUUCACUCUCUGCUGGGCGGAGAUUCUUGGGUUGAAAGUGCGAGUACCUUGCAACACAAGACAAUAUAUUGAGGCAAAUUAUGGCACAGAGUGGAACCAGAAAGUCACCACUUGGGACUGGAAGAGUAGUCCGCCCAACGUCAGACCAAACGGUCAAUGGGAUCGGGACGAAUGGCCUGAGGUCAUUCAGUUGCCAUGGUUUAUGCUGACUGGAUCCAUGUCCCGACGUAAUCAAAGCCCACUAUUGUUGACCAUGUGUCCUACAUUAAAGCAGUAUCACUGAGCAAGCAUGUUACGUCGGUCACCAAGGCUGAAGGCCAAAGCCUCUUUGGUCCCAUCAGAGUCCGGUGUUUGCUGUCUGCCCGAUGAGAGCCUUAUUCA